AUGAGCGUGCAUCGCAGCAGAGGCGUGAGUUCAACUCUGGACGAGUUUAUAAGUAACAUUUUUUCAUCAUUUUGGGGAACAAACGAAACGACUCAAAAGGGGAAAAAGUAUGGACGAGUGACUACAAACGACAUUUUUAAUGUAAUGGUACUUUCCUCCAUAGUUUCAAGCUUUGGACAUGUUUACUUUUAUCGCACUCCAGUUUUAGGCGCUUCAGGAGCGAUUUCAGGGCUCACAUAUCUCUUGGCAGCAACUUUCCCAAACAGCUUUUUUAGGACGGUUUUCCCACUUCCAGGCUUAAACUUGAGUAUUUUGCAGGUUUGUCAACUGUUUGUUGCUACAAAUGUCUACUUUUUGAUGACUGGAGGGAGUAGAGGAAUUGCAUGGGCUGCACAUUUGAUGGGAAUGGGCGCUGGUGCUCUCUACUGCUGGUUUCAACAGAAUGUUAAUAAGAGGCCAGGAUUUUAUAACCCAGUUGUACUCUCUCUAAAAACCGCAAAACAGCAAUGGAAGAGGACUUUCAAAACUUUUGGAAGAUUUUAG